UGCCCUGAAGAUGGCGAGGCUGGGGAGUUACUGUGAACACAAUGGCAGCGUGUCCCAAGCGUGGCUGGACCGCGGACUCUCGCCUUGUUUUUAUUUCACGCUGGUGCCCUCCGUGCUGCUAAGCACGUCUCUGCUGUUUGGGGCUUUGCAGUCGGCCUUCUACGCCAAAAUGAGUAGGACGAUGGAGCCCAAGUACAUCCCCAAAUCGCGACUCUACCGCGUGCAGAUAGCGCUGUCCGUGGUCCUGGUGGGCCAGUCUGUGGGGGGCCUGAUAUGGCAAGCUGCCGGCAGCGAAGUGAUAUACGGAUAUAUGAUAGUAUACGGCUGCCUCUCGGCAGUAGCCUGGGGCUUCAGCAUCUGGCUCCUUCACUUAGAAAGGACACGGGCCCUUGAGCGAGAGAGAAGCAGGGGCCACGGAGUCGUACUGCUAUUGCUAUGGGCUCUGGCGCUGGCGGCCGAGAACCUGGCGUUCGUAUCCUGGCAAAGUCCCCACUGGUGGUGGGUGUCUAUGGACAGUCUGCCUCAAAAGGUACAGUUCGGCUUCUGGACUUUGCGCUACGUCUGCUUGCUCCUCCUUUUCACGCUGGGGAUCAUCGCCCCGGGGCGGCCGCGGAAGCCGUACAUCCUGCUUAUUAACGAAGAUGAACGAGAUGUGGAGAACGUGCAGCCCCUUUUGAGAAAUCAAAAUGAAUCGACUUGGCAGGGUUUGCGAAAAAAGCUGCGUCUGCUCAUCCCAUAUCUCUGGCCCAAGGGAAAUGUCCUGCUGCAGUUGUUAGUGCUUCUCUGCAUGGGAUUGAUGGGAGUCGAGAGAGUCAUAAAUGUCUUUGUUCCCAUAUACUACAAAACCAUAGUGAAUAAUCUGACGGAUAACGCUCCGUGGAACACCCUGGCUCUAACAGUCUGUAUAUACGUUCUGCUUAAACUGUUGCAAGGCGGAGGAGCAGGUGCAACUGGAUUUGUCAGCAACAUGAGGACCUUCCUAUGGAUCCGGGUUCAGCAGUUCACCAACCGCCAGGUGCAAAUCCGUCUCUUCUCCCACCUCCACUCCCUGUCUUUGCGUUGGCAUCUUGGCCGCAAGACCGGAGAAGUCUUACGGAGUGUGGAUAGGGGAACCAGUAGCAUCAACAGCCUGCUUAGUUACAUCGUAUUCAGUAUAUUUCCCACCAUUGCUGAUAUUAUCAUCGGAAUUGUUUACUUCACAUCGUCCUUCAAUGCUUGGUUUGGGCUGAUCAUCUUCGUCUGCAUGAGUCUUUAUCUGACUCUGACCAUCAUCAUCACUGAAUGGAGAACCAAAUAUCGCAGGGACAUGAACACAAGCGACAACGAGGCCAAAUCUCGAGCCGUAGACUCUUUGCUGAACUUUGAAACGGUGAAAUAUUACAAUGCAGAGGAGUACGAAGUGAACAGAUUUAACGAUGCCAUUGUGAAAUACCAGGUGUCGGAAUGGAAAGUUAACGCAACGCUGGCCUUGCUGAAUCAGACGCAGAAUCUCAUCAUCGGACUCGGGUUGCUGGCUGGAUCUUUACUCUGCGCGUAUUUUGUAACCGAGAAUAAGUUUCAAGUAGGGGACUACGUUCUAUUCGGAACUUACAUUAUCCAACUGUAUACACCUCUUAACUGGUUCGGCACGUAUUACAGGAUGAUUCAGAAUUCCUUCAUUGACAUGGAGAAUAUGUUCGAGCUCUUCAGCGAAGAAGAAGAAGUUAAAGACGUAGUGAACGCCCCCGAUCUCAGGUUCCGUUCCGGAAGAAUCGAGUUUGAAAACGUGCAUUUUAGCUACUUGGAUGGAAAGGAGAUCCUGCGCGACGUCUCGUUCGCGGUGAUGCCGGGACAAACCGUAGCAUUGGUUGGUCCAUCUGGCUCUGGAAAAAGCACCAUCAUACGUCUUCUCUUCCGUUUCUACGAUGUCAAAGGAGGAAGUAUCCGGAUAGACGGACAGGACAUCUCCACAGUCUUGCAGGCGUCCCUGCGCUCUCACAUCGGGGUGGUUCCACAAGACACCGUUCUUUUUAACGAUACAAUCCGGAACAACAUUCGCUACGGCCGCGUAAGCGCGUCCGACCAGGAGGUGGAGGAAGCCGCGGCCGCCGCCGAUAUUCACGAACGCAUUCUCUCGUUCCGCGAUGGAUACGACACACAAGUUGGGGAACGAGGUCUGAAGUUAAGCGGAGGAGAAAAGCAGAGAGUUGCCAUCGCUAGAACCAUUCUGAAAGCUCCGCAGAUAGUCCUGCUGGACGAGGCCACCUCGGCACUGGACACAGAGACAGAACGCAACAUCCAGGCUUCUCUGGCCAAAGUGUGUGUGAACAGGACUACUAUUGUGGUGGCCCAUCGGCUCUCGACUGUAAUAAAUGCCGAUCAGAUCCUGGUACUCAAAGAUGGACAGAUAAUAGAACGAGGAAGGCACGACGAGCUUUUGGCCAAGGGGGGUAUCUACUCUGGCAUGUGGCAGAAGCAGCAGAGCGGAAACGACGAGUCCUCUGAUUCAGAUACAGAGAGAAAAGACAGAAGUUCGGAGAAGCUGCAACCCUCAAAACCAGCUCUUAGGAAGGGCCACUAACACAGAAGUCCUAUAAGUGACCUCAAAGAGCGAGGCCCCGGCACGG